AUGUCUCGCCUAGCCGACUAUUUUGCUGUAGUUGGCUAUGCUUAUGAAAAAGAUCGAAGUGGUGCUAGCUGUGGCAAAAUCCUGCAGAGGUUUCCUGAGAAGGACUGGGAUGAUUGCCCUUUUAUGCCAGGGCUUCCCUUGUUUUGCCAGCCAAUGGGAUGGUCUUUGUCCAGCCAGCGGCACCAGCCAUCAUUUUACGUGGCAGUUCUCACAGACAUGGACGGAGAGCGACAUUAUUGCGCUGUCUUUACAUUCCACGAGAUGAUUGCCAUGACCCCUAGCAAACCAGACGAUGAAGAGGAUGAUCAAGAACGGAGUAUUGUUCAUCAUUCUUCUAUGUUUGCACCCAAAUCCCUUGUUCUUGUGUCAAGACAUGACUAUUUUGAAGCAUUUAGGCAUUGUUUGGGAAUCAUGUACACAGUGCAUUUAGAGAGCUUGUCUGUGAAAAUAGAAACCCUUGUUGGAAACAUUUUAGGCUGUGUACAGGUACCGCCUGCAGGUGGCCCACAAGUGAGAUUUUCUAUAGGUGCUGGUGAUAGACAGGCUUUGCAGCCUCCUCUGUGUCCAUCCCUGCCCAUCAGCAAUACAUCGGUGGCCAUAUUAUUUGAGCAGCUUGGUAUCAACAACACCCUGACAGUCUUCUCUGCUGCACUCACAGAUCACAAAAUUCUCUUCUAUUCAGAAAGUUGUUCUCGACUUUGUGAAGCCAGCCGCGCCCUUUCUGUAUUACAUUACCCUCUAAAAUACACCUAUGUAUUUAUCCCAGUACUACCAACUGCUCUUCUAGAAGUGCUGAACUCACCAACCCCAUUCAUUGCUGGAGUUCAUGCAACCCUGAAAAAUGAUAUUGCUGACUUG